AUGCCUCCAACAACCGAGCAACCUGCCAGUUCUUUGCCGCCUCUGCGUGCUAGUGCAAAGGGUGAAAAGCGGAAGCGUGCUGAGCGCCUGCUGACAAGGCCCCCCGCCAAGAAGCAUUUCCGCUCAAAGACAUUCCGGCAAAGGCGGAGGCACCAGAAGGUAUUGACCUGCCACCUCCGCCGGUUUCCCUCUGCAGAGCAGGCAGCCGAUACAGUGGCAAGGGCAAUCCGUGUGGUUGAGAAUGAAUGGCCCGAAUUCGGCAAGCUUGUAGCGCAGAAGCUGCAGCCCGCCACGGUGUGUGGCUCAUGUUCGUCUCUUGUGCGAGGUCUUGGCGCAGUUCCAGAAUUCAAACCUCCAAACCCUUCAGAUCGCAUACGCGCAAUCCGUGACCAAGUUGAUGUUCUCAUUCAUCAAGCUUUUCCUGACCGGUCAGCAGUUGAGAACUUAGGCUACUCCAUUGGUGCUGCUCGAUGGCUGAAGGCCUCAGGCCCAGACGAUGCCCAAGCCAAGACACGAGGGCGACCGUCUAAAGUAAACAGCAAGGCCUGCAUUGAGGCAGUGCGCGCAGUGUUGCAGGCGCACAGCCAAGAUUCUUCAAAAAUAUGCCGUAGCAACCCCGGAGGCACUGCUGAGUGGGUCAUUGCCAGAACUUUGACGAAAGACCGCACCGCCUUGUUUGAAGACGAGCCGAGCCUCUACGAAAACAUGUCUGCCAGGACUAUGCACCGCAUCAUGAAGGAGCACCUUUGCCACUUUAAGAAAGCGCGUUGCCAAAGCGAUUACUGUCAGUACUGCGCAGACUAUGACGACAAGGUUCUUCCCAAGGCCCAGGAGAUGAUAGCUGACGCCCGAGACCAGUUGGAGAAGAUAAUGCCCAACUACUGGCAAGCCUGGGACGCAUUUCUUGCUGCAGAACCAUUCAAGGACCUGCCUGUGCUGGAAAUCGAAGCCUUCGAGCAUUACAUCUCCCGUCACCAUGAAAGGCAUCCUUGCGCUGAGCAUAGAGACAAUGACUUUCCAUGUGGCCUUGCUGACUUGCGCAAACGAGGAAGUGGAUUUCGACAGAACUUGCGCGUUGACCUUUUCAGUCUGGAAGCCACACUCUCCACAGAAUUGCGGGCCAUGCUGCGGCUCAUGCUGAGCUACAACCACCACAAGGCGGCGACUGAGCACCAAGACCCUGUACUCAUGUCUUUGCAAAAGAGCCCGCCAUGCAAUUCCACAACCCUGGUGAGUGAUUGGAAGGAAUUGGUCACGCUCCCAAUUUCGCACAAAGCCACAGGCGAACAAUUCUACGCCACUGCCAGGAUGGAAGUGAGUGUAUGGGGUGCCUGCAUGGUAGAUGGAAAUGCUGCGCAGCGUCGUCGAGAUCCCAGCUCUCCACUCAUUUGUGUCAUCCUCAACAAAGACAGCCCAGUGCCGCAAGAAGCCGAGCGCCUGCUACCAACCGACCUUGCCAUCGCAAGAACUUAUUGCUUGUCUGGCAAACUGGAUGCAAGGAUAAAGCCAACUGCUCUCGGUGUCCGCUUGUACAACCAUGUAUUCAGUACUCGACCAGUGUCUGUAGAGCUCAAGGACUACUCUAUUGAAGCCCUGGCAUGCCCUGCAGAGUGGCGUCGCGGAUUCUGGGGAAGUGGUAGAUCUAACUGGGACACAGACCCAGAGCCACUGCACCUGCGCAAGAACACUGCCCUUUCUAGAAGGUAUGACGAGCAGAAGUCGCUCUUACCCAGAGCGAAAGGUCGAAAACACAAUGCUUUACCCUCCUUGGACGACGAGAUUAAAAAGCAUGAAGCUUCCCUACAGAGAAGGAGACAGAGGAACAAAAUACGCCAGCAGGCUUGGUCUAAGAAAACUUCUCAGGAGCCUUCCUCCUCCAGCACUUCGUCCUCGUCUGACUCAUCUGCAGAGUGA